AUGCUGGCGGCGCGGCGCGGCUGGCGGGCCCCGCGCGCCUGUUGGGCCCCGCGCCGCUGCGCCGCGCUGUCCCCGGGCCGCGCCGCGGCGAGGCUGCGGGUCCGCCAGGCCCUGGCGGCCCGGGAGCCGGCGGGCGGCGUCACGGUGCAGGGCUGGGUCCGCUCUGUCCGAUCCCAGAAGGAGGUUUUGUUCCUGCAUAUAAAUGAUGGGAGUUCUCUGGAAAACCUCCAGGUGGUUGCUGAUCCCAGCCUGGAAACUAGAGACCUGACUUUUGGAAGCGCAGUGGAAGUGCAAGGGAAACUGGUCAAAAGUCCUCAUAGGAUGCAAAACAUGGAGCUGAAAGCUGAAACGAUUCGUGUGGUGGGACCUUGUGAUACUUGGGCAUUCCCUCUGAAAACGAAGGAGAGGCACCCUCUGGAGUAUGUCCGACAGUUCCCUCACCUGCGGUGCAGGACCAACACGCUCGGCUCCCUCUUAAGAGUCCGCAGCGAAGCCACUGCAGCAAUCCACGCAUUCUUCAAGGAAAAUGGCUACAUGCAUAUUCAUACCCCCAUAAUUACAUCAAAUGACUGUGAAGGUGCUGGGGAACUCUUUCAAAUUGAGACAUCAAAUGAAGCAAGGGAAUCUGCAGAAAAGAACCAUUUCUUUGAUGUGCCUGCCUUCCUGACAGUCUCUGGCCAGCUCCAUUUGGAAGUCAUGGCAGGGGCCUUUACUCGCGUGUUCACCUUUGGCCCAACGUUUCGAGCUGAGAACUCCCAGAGUCGCAGGCACCUAGCCGAAUUUUAUAUGGUAGAGGCCGAACUGUCCUUUACUGAAAGCCUCCAGGACAUCAUGCAGGUUAUGGAGGAUCUCUUCAAGACAGCAACAAGUACUGUACUCUCCAAAUGUCCUCAUGAUGUCGAGCUUUUUCAUAAAUAUGUAGCACCUGCACAGAAGGGCAGGUUGGAACAAAUGCUGAAGAAGAGAUUUGUGACAAUUUCCUACAGUGAAGCAGUGGAAAUUUUGAAGCAAGCUUCUCAAACUUUCACUUUCAAGCCAGAGUGGGGCUGUGACCUCCAGACUGAACAUGAGAAGUACUUGGUGAAGCACUGUGGUGAGGUUCCCUUGUUUGUGAUUAACUACCCCUAUGACCUCAAACCUUUUUAUAUGCGGGACAAUGAAGAUGGACCUCAACACACGGUUGCAGCUGUUGAUCUUCUAGUACCAGGAAUAGGGGAGUUAUGUGGAGGCAGCUUGAGAGAGGAGCGACUGCCCUUCAUUGAAUCACGCUUACAGAGGUUGGGACUUGCAGAUGCCUACCAAUGGUAUCUAGACCUCCGAAAAUUCGGCUCAGUUCCUCAUGGAGGCUUUGGAAUGGGGUUUGAACGCUACCUGCAGUACGUCUUGGGAGUGGACAAUAUCAAAGAUGUUAUUCCUUUCCCCAGGUUUUCUCACUCCUGUCUCCUGUAGCUCCACAGUUGACUCACACGGAGAAAACUGCUGGAGUGACCAUGUGCAUGUAACCUAUUAGCACAUGACCAAGUGUGAUGAUUUAUUGGGAGGGCAAGAGGAUUUUUGUAUCAGUGAAAUUUAGGUAAAUGUAAUACUAAGUUAUAAUAUAUUUUCAUAUUUUCUGGUGAGAUUAUGGAAGCACACUUGCAAUUAAGCUGAUAAUAACAGUUCAUGUCUUCAGCACCCUUCCAAGUAUUAAUAAAUCCCGCUUAACUAAAGGCUUAAGAUUCUCCUGGGAGUAGCACAAGCCUCGGAAGUACUGAAUAAGCAUUGUUGGGAGGUAGUGGGGAUUUUUUUAUGUAAAAUGUUAAUAAGGAGGUGUGUCCUAAAAUGUACUGGGAGCUAGGACUACUGUGAGGCUUUAAUAGGCUUUAAAUAAAUGCCUGCGCAGUGCUUUGAAGAUGGAGCGUUACAAAAUUACGAAGUAUUGACCUUGCUGUGAUGCAUUUGUUCUUACAAAAGGGCAACAGUAAAGUAUGAUUCUCCCCACCCAGAAUUAAAAGCAAAUUUUGUUUACCUUGGACAAAUCAGCCAAACCUUGCAAGGCAAAACAUCGUACUGUAACUACUGGAGUGAAUUAGGUGAAUAUGAUGUUUGAUCUUGUGAAUCAUCAAUAAAGAUGUGCACUGUGUUGUUUUGUAA